AUGCUCUACCUGGCCAAGGGUGGCACCAUGGAGAAGGCUGCAACGGCGUUGGGCAUCUCCAGGCCUCGUAGUGUAGUCUACAUUAACGAGACCCUGGACGUGCUCAGCGCCAUGGCUAAAUCUAUGAUCUCCAUGCCGCCAGCAGAGGAUCUGGCAGCUGUUGAAGACGGCUUCUACGCUACGGCCGGGUUUCCCGACACCAUUGGUGCCGUCGACGGUACUCUCGUCCGUAUUGCGCGGCCACACGACUUUGAGGGCUCGUACUGUCGCAAGAACAUCCCUGCGGUAAAUGUCCAAGCUAUCGUAGACCACCGUGGUCUCUUCCGGUCCAUUUCCAUUCAAUCGGGGUCAAACAACGACCAAUCGCUCUGGAAUGGAUCGGGAGUGAAGAAAAGGAUCUCUAGUUACGUGCCUCCUGGAAAGCAUUUGCUGGUGGAUGCCGGCUACAAAAUCUGGGGUCACAUGUUGACCCCGUUUCCAGAGGCAGACGCUAUGCAAGUCCGGGCUGCUGGUGAAGUCACCGAGGCGUUGGCCGACAAGUACGACGUCCACCGCGUGACAUUGUGGCGCUGGGUUCAUGCGGAGGACCGGAUAACGGACGCUCAAGGCCCAAGCCACAAGAACAAGAAGGGUGUGGCAGAUCGUUUUUCAAGAACUAUUCAGUACAAUCUAGAGAUGGUCGGUUUGCUAUCUGCUACCAAGGGUCCGGCAAAAUACAAAUCAGUAUUUAAUAUGGAUCAGACGUCAAUUUACAUUGACAUGGGGCCCAAGCGAACGAUUGAGUUCGUUGAUGCUAAAAAUGUUGAUGCGAUUCAAGGCAUAGAAGCCGAGUGUCUGUGGACCUCGGCUGCUGCUAUUAAACUCGCUAAAGAUCCACAAAAUGGCCUCUGUGCGCUAUGCACUUGA